AUGGCGUCCACACAUCCUGAGUCUGGGACACGGAGCAGACGAAGAUCCAAGUCGUCUUACAACACGAAAACGCCGCACAUCACAGAGACGCCCAUAACAUGGACGAACUGGUACCGGUUUAUUGACUGGCUGAGCGUCUUCUUCAUACUCAUUGUCCCGCUUAUGGGCUUCGUCGCGGCUUCUUUUCAUCCUUUGCAACGUGCCACCGCCAUCUUCGCCAUUGUGUACUACUUUAAUACCGGGUUGGGUAUUACAGCCGGAUACCAUCGUCUCUGGGCCCAUUGUUCCUACCGAGCGUCCACUCCCCUCAAGAUCUAUUUGGCGGCGGUCGGCGUCGGGGCUGUCCAAGGCUCCAUCCGAUGGUGGUCCAGGGGCCAUCGCGCCCACCACCGUUACACCGACACCGAAAAGGACCCCUAUUCCGUGCGCAAAGGCUUCUGGUACUCCCAUCUCGGCUGGAUGGUGAUGAAGCAGAACCCCAAGAACAUCGGCCGGGCCGAUAUCACCGACCUCAACGAGGACCCGAUUGUCAUCUUCCAGCAUCGACACUACAUCAAGGCGGUUCUGUUCAUGGGUCUUGUCUUCCCCACGCUGGUGUGCGGGAUCGGCUGGGGCGACUGGAUGGGCGGGUUCAUCUUCGCGGGCAUCGUCCGAGCCACGUUCGUGCAGCAGGCGACCUUCUGCGUGAACUCCCUGGCCCACUGGCUGGGCGAGCAGCCCUUUGACGAUCGGAAUUCGCCCCGCGACCAUAUCAUCACCGCCCUGGUGACACUCGGCGAGGGCUACCACAACUUCCACCACGAGUUCCCGUCCGACUACCGCAACGCGAUCGAGUGGUGGCAGUACGACCCGACCAAGUGGGCGAUCUGGACGUGGAAGAAGCUAGGGCUGGCCUCCGAGCUGAAGGAGUUCCGACAGAACGAGAUCGAAAAGGGCAGGCUGCAGCAGGAGCAGAAAAAGCUCGAUAUCCAACGCUCCAAGCUGGACUGGGGCACGCCGUUGUCCCAAUUGCCCGUGAUAACCUGGGAUGACUUCAAAACCCAGUCGGCCACGGCCGACGGACGAGCCCUGGUGGCCAUCGCCGGGGUUGUAUACGACGUGGCCUCCUUUAUCAACGAGCAUCCGGGGGGCAAGGCGUUCAUCUCCUCGGCGAUUGGCAAGGACGCGACCGCCACCUUCAACGGCGGGGUCUACCAGCAUUCCAACGCCGCCCAUAACUUGCUCUCUACCAUGCGCGUGGGCGUCCUCUACGGGGGCGGGGAGGUAGAGGUCUGGAAACGCGCCUACUCGGAGCAGCAGAGCCGCUUCAGUGCGCAGGAUGAUAAGAGCUAA